UCCCACCAGCCUUCUAGUUCUUUCUUUUGUCAACAGGGACUCCGCUUAACGUCCUGCCCCACCUCGAACCUCAGAUUUCACACUGUCUUUGGCGUCCCCCAUCCCUUUUUCUCAGAACUUAAGUCUUAAAGGAUGAAGACAAAGACACUGUUUGAAGAAAAUUGUUAACUGGAGAAGUAAAAAGGGAUUUUUUGAGAAGUGCAAAUGAAGACAAAACUUCUUAGUGAAAAAUUGUCUCGUGAUUCAAGUCCAUCUCAUUGAAGUUUUGUUAACCAAAGGUGGAUACCAAUCUUGAAGGUUUCCAAAAUAGGAGACAUCUACUUCUACAUAUAAGCAUUUUCUAUAACUAAGAUUGGUUGCCUCAUGACUUUACUCUGUAGGAUGAAACUUCAUAUCUUCUCUGAAAUAUCUACUCAGUCGUCACAUUGACCCUAUAGAGUUCUUGAAAGCUAUCUUUACAACGUAAAUUUUAAUCUAUUGACUUCAUAAUGUCAGAGAUCAGAUUCAGCAAUCUCACUUGGGAUCACAUCAUAACACUGGAUCGCGUGUUAGAUGAAGUAAUCCCAAUCCAUGGAAGGGGCAAUUUCCCCACGCUGGAGGUAAAACCGAAAGAUAUUGUUCACGUUGUGAAAGAUGAACUAAUAAAGCAGGGUAUUAUUGUUAAAGAUACCAGAUUGAAUGGCUCUACAGCAAGUUACAUACUUGCAAGUCAUAAUGGAAUCAGCUAUAAAGAUCUGGACAUUAUUUUUGGUGUUGAUCUGCCAAGUGAUCAAGAAUUUCAUGUUGUUAAAGAUGCAGUUUUAGGCUGUCUACUUGACUUUUUACCAAAAGGUGUUAAAAAAGAAAAGAUUACCAUAAAGACAAUGAAAGAGGCAUAUGUGCAGAAAAUGGUCAAAAUCUGCGAUAACAGUGAUCGUUGGAGUCUCAUCUCUCUUUUAAAUAACACUGGGAAGAAUGUAGAACUAAAAUUUGUGAAUUCACUCAGACGACAAUUUGAAUUUAGUGUAGAUUCUUUUCAAAUUCUUUUGGAUUCCAUGUUAGAUUUCUAUAGUGUCCCAAAUGCUAAGCUAACCAAAGAAUCCUGUCCUGUUGUGGUGGCUGAAAGUAUGUAUGGAGACUUCCAGGAAGCUAUGAUACACUUGAAAUACAAGCUUAUAUCUACCAGAAAACCUGAAGAGAUCAGAGGUGGUGGUCUUUUGAAAUACAGCAAUUUGUUAGUCCAUGACUUCAAACCAGCUUGUCAAACAGAAAUUAAGACUCUGGAACGUUAUAUGUGUUCUAGAUUUUUCAUUGAUUUUCCUGAUGUAGCAGAACAGCAAAAGAAAAUUGAAUCAUACCUCCGCAACCAUUUCAUAGGUGAAGAUAAAAACAAGUAUGAGUACCUUAUGACCUUGCAUAGUGUUGUGAACCAAAGCACUGUCUGCCUCAUGGGUUAUGAAAGAAGGCAGACUCUUAAUAUGAUCACCCUUUUGGCUUUGAAAGUACUUGGAGAACAGAAUAUACUACCCAGUACAGACAAUGUAACUUGCUUUUACCAACCUGCUCCAUACCUAGUUUUUGAGGGAGGGUACCCUAGUUAUUAUAUAGCAUCUGGGCUGCCACUUGUUUACUUCCCGCCAUGUCCCAGAGUGCAGUUUCCAGUACAAAAUGAUAUGAUGUAAGAAGUACGCAUACCAGAAGCAUUACUUAAGUACAUCUGAAAAGCAAUUUUCCAAAUUCUGUAAAAGUUAAGAUCUAUUUUUGUGUAGUUGCCAACUAUUUUUCACCAAAUGCAUCUUAAAUUAUGAUAGUAGAUUAGGUAUUAUCUCUAAACUUAUUUUUAAGUGAUCUUCAAAUAUUGGGACUGCAAAAACUUUCAAAUGUUUUGGAUUAAAUACUUUCAAUGAUCUUUCUAAUCUUACUGACACUUAAGACAAAAUUCGCUGCAACCAGUAUGUUAAAAAUGCCUGCAUCUUUGGCUAAAGAUAAAAGAACACAUGUUUUAAAAUGGAGAUGUGUAGUGAAGACAUGUUGCAACAUCUUUAUGUUCAGUUAGUUCCUUGUUACACUGUUUGCUUCAUCAGCAAAUAAUUACAUGAAUUUUUAGUGCUUAAAUUGAAAAUAAGUGAUUGCAAUGAUAACAAAUUUAAAUGACGUUAAAACAAUAGAUUAUAAACCUGCGUUUCCCAAUAGAAUAUGUUGGGUUGAAAAUACGGCUAAAGUUUGAAGGACCACUGGAAAAAAUGCGCUGGAAAACAGUAAUUAUGCAUCAUAUAGUAAGAAUUUAGCUGAUCUGUGGAUUGAAAACAAACCUUUAAUCUGAACAGUCAGCAAGAGAACUUAUUAUGCAGAGUUUCUGGCACUUAAAUAAGUUGAAAAGAAAAAAUAACCAACUCUGAAUGUGAAACUAUUUUAUCAUCAUCUCCUAAGAAGAAACUAAAGGGGACAAAAAAGAGAAAUCCCGCCACCAACUACGAAAAGUUAGAGAAUUCUAUCAUAACAUUUCAGAUUUUUGGCUUAUUUGAUUAACAUUCUAACACGUCUGGGCAAUUUUCAUCAUUAGUAAUUAAAAGUACUUUCACUUUUCCUAUCGCAAAGCCUGAUUUCUAGUGUGUUCUUUGAUGUUAAAUUUCAGUUAACACCAUAUUUUGUUCAGUUAUUGUCUAUACUUACCAUUAUUCUGAAUAUUUAUUCAGUAACAACAGAUGUCCACUAGUAAAUAUAUGAAUGGGAUUUAAAAUGAAUUUCUUUCACAUGAUGAAAAGAGCCAUUGAUAUCUUAUCUGGGAUGAUAACAACAAGCUGCUCUCAACGAAUGUCAAUGAGGCCAUCAGAAAACUACUUUUUUUUCCAUCACAAUAAGAACCAGCAAUCAAAAUCUGAGAAUGUGCUACCUACAGAUUGUAGUUAAAGUCUCUUCUUGGCAUUAUAGUAUUGAAUACAAAAGUACAGCUCCUGUGGGAUUUUCAAAUAGCCAAUAUUUCUGAUAUUUGUGUACCCACACAUCACUGACCAUUGACAUAUUCAAAUAAUUACAUUUGUAUGACAGAAUCCCAAGGCUUUAAAAUAUUUGGAUUUACCCCUUUGGGUGGAAAACAAAUAAAAAGUAUUGAACACUGUAUUAAGAAAUUGUAUCACUGAAUCUUUCUGCAUCUUUUAUUGGCUAUUGGCUAAAUUAUAGUGAUCCUUCUUUGUGUCUUAAUAUAUACACUUUAGUUUUCAGAAGGUAGGACUACAUAUACAUAAAACUGAACUUAUUUAUCAGGAAAAAGUAAUUCUAAAAGAUACAGGGAAAUUACUUGAGACUUAAAAUAAUUGUGUUAGUGAUGUCAUUGCUAAAGGUUCAAUAUUUCCCAUAGUAGUUCAGUAAUAGAAUUGUGAAGGUGUUUGGAGUAUUUUAUAACAUCUUCAGUCCCAUUGCUUCUUACUGGUAUUUACUCCAAAGUUUUUAUUUCCUAAGAAGCAGUUUUUUCAUAUUAUUAUCCUAAAGCUUUAAACUGCAGUGUAGAGAGAAUGAACUAAAAUGAUCAUGCUCACGUUCUCUUGUGAAAAAACUCAACAUAAAUGCCUAAUAUUUUUUCUCAGCUUAGAGAAUCCAAACAUGUUGAAUGGGAGUGAUACCACAGAAGAAAAAGCUUUAGCCUGUUCCUUAUGGUUUUGUUUCUCUAAGCCUUCCUUUAUUGCCUACUAACCAGAAAAAUACUGUGUAUUCAAUGGCAUGUCAGCAUCUCUCCAGGACUGGUGUAACUGCCUUAAAAGAAGCAGUACUAAUUCCUUCUGUUCCUUAGUUUAAUACAUGGGAUUUGUUAAAAUAAGUAAACAGAUGCCAACCUUUUUUACUUGAAGUCACUCAGUUAGUUUAAAACCCCAUUCCAGCAUGCAUCAUCUCAUUACCAGAUAUGUGCUAGAUUGCCUUUUAACUGUUUUAACCCAUGGUAAAAUCCAGUAGUAAGUUUUAUUCUGGAAGUUGUUUUCAUUUUUCACCUCAGUAAUAUAACCUAAACCAAAAAAGAAAAUGUAGUUCUAGCAUUUCUAUUAGUUAAAUUAAUUGGGUUUCAGCCACACACAUAUUCUCUUAAACUAGAAUAUUCAGUGCCCAAAUAUCCUCAAAAGAUCUAAUAGGGUAUGUAAAACUUUUAAAUUCAGAAAUAGUCUUCUGAUAGUCACUAAUCUACUGCUUUAAGAGAAAUGAUUAUCUUGUUUGGGGUAAUUUCAUACUAGCUGGAGUAUACACUACUUAAAACCAAAUUUACGUCACUAAUAUUUGAACAUAACCCAUUUUCUUUUACCUUGCCUUGUUAUGGAAGGAUGUAAGAUUAUUUGAAUGAAUUAGAACAAAAUUCAUUUUUAUAAAUGUACACUGUUAAAGAACAACAGAUGUUUUAUAGAUGAUUUUAAUGCACAUGGUUUAUAUGUCCCCUCCAACAGGCAGACCUCUUUGUCCUAUAAAAGGAGUGCCACAUAGACACAUCUUUUAAUGCCUCAGAAUAACACCAUUAACCCUUGUAAAUGAAUAAAUGCCCUUCUUAAGAGAGAUAGUGUAUUGAGUAGCUACUUCUCCAAAUUAUGCCAAAUUAAAAUGAUGGGUUAAAUGUCAAUUCAAUUAAUUUGGUGAUUUCUUAUAUAAUUCUAGACUAAUGGAGAAUAUAAAUUAUUCUCUCUUAAAUUCUAAUUAAUCUAUUACACAUUAUAGAUAUGACCCAUUUAUGCAUAUUACUUAGGCUGAACUCUGGAAACCAGGAGCCUGGGGUUGGAUUCUUGUUUAAGGGUUUUUAAAGAACUUGAGGUAAUGAGUAGGGGAUACUAGUCUUUGUGAAAAUGAUAUUAUAGAGCAGUAUGAGGAUGCAAACUAAUAUACAACUAGACUUUUAUUUUUACUAUAGUAGAAUGACUUUAAAGUUUUCUAUUUAAAAUUAAAGCUUAGUUCCAAAGCAAAAAGGUAAAGAUAUUAUCAAAUCCUUAUUUUAAAAUCAGAAUUUAAAGGGAAUUCUUAUAUAUUUAGUCUCUUCCAAAUUCUUUGAAAAUAGAAGGUAAUAUUAGUAAAUCAUUGAUAUGUACAUUUUCUACUUUUAAAAGGUUUUACAAUUUUAGUGCCUCCCGCCAAUAAUAUUAGAGUCAAUACAACCAAUAUUAGCAGGUAUUUGAACAAAGAAACUGUGAAUAGUGAUUUUCUUUAAGCCAUGUGGGUGCCCUUCUUGCGGAUGCAUAUUUCACCAUACUUCUCCUCUUUACAGAUUUAAGACUUUAAAAAUACUUUUGGUACCCUGACUUCAAAACACAAUACUUUUUCAGGCAGUAAACUCCAAUACCUGUUGUUCAAUAACUAUUGGAGUUGUAUUUUCACUGUCAAGUACAAAUCUUUCAGAUUCACCCUGAAAGUUAGGAAUUUAAGUUAAGCUGGUUUUAAGAGUAAAAUUGUCUUUUUUGAAAAGCACUCAAAUAAAUCUUUAAAGUCAAAAGCAAAAUAUCCUUCUAUAAAAUACCGCAUCUGGGUACCAAAACAGAAAUUAUAUACAUGAGCUCAUAAGAUUUAGUCAUGUCGAGGACUGUAUUUAAACAUUCUAGCCAUAGAACUAUAUUAAUUUCAGUGGCUGUUUACUAAAACAAGGGGAAUAAUUGUAUAAAAGAUAUACAGCUCCUGGUAAGCUUGACAGUUUCCAAAAAAAAAAAAAAAGCAUUUAUACAUUUUGCUGGAGGAAGGUUUUGAUGUUAUCUUUACUUAAAAUGUGUUUAACAUACAUAAUAAAACAUGGACAGUGUACUUAUUAAUAGAGUAUCAUGUAGUGUUUUGAUACAUGUGGACAUUGCUGAUGCUUAAAUCUGAUUAGCACAAGUAUUUCCUCAAACACUUGUCUAUUCUUUUUGGUGCAAACUUGGAAUGUCGUCUUGCUUUUAGAAAUUUACAGUCCAUUAGUGUUCUCUAGUAAUCCUGCUGAAGAGCAAAGUUUGAAUUCAUCCUGUUUCUCUUCCACAUUUCCCUCAUUUACUACAACGGCACUUAUAUUUUUCUCAGUGGCAGGAUAGAAAAAUUAAAACUAGGGGUUAUGUUUUAGUAUUUAUUUUUACAAAAGAUUAAUUUCUAGUAAGGAGGGUAUCUGGAACUGUUAAUUUCAUGAGAUUGGUAUUAUAGAUGUUCAAUUCUAGAAAAGUAACUUCCUUGUGUGCAGUGUAGAGAACCCAAAUUUAGGCUCUCUGGUUUUCAAUAUUUUUCAUGCCUAGGGCAUGUUAACAAUCUUAAAUCAGAGGCUAUGAUUCUGGGAAUAAAUGUUAACUUUUUGAUUCUUGAAGAAUCCUUGAAUUCUAGACAAUAGACAAAGAUAUCACUGGACUUUUUCUGUCAUUUAAUGUCCAGAUGGGUAUAAUUUAUAAGCUAACUGCUUUUUUAGUAGGACGCAUUUAGAGCCAUUGUGCACAAUGUUUUGUGAUCUUGACCUCUUCUGCAGAAUUUUUAAGUAGUUGCAUUAAAAUUAAUAGUCAAAACACUAAAAGUUUACGAUCAAAAGGCACUAUCUAGAAGCAUAAGACUACAAAUUACAUAAAAAUUUCUAUAGCACAUUACAUUAAAGGAUAAUUAUAGGCAAUUUGCAUUCAUAAAUUAUAUCGCAAUAUCACAUUCAAUGAAUAAUUUGUUUCAGUUCAUAUUACGUAUUUCAUUCAGUAAGCUAACUAUCCCAAUAAGAUUAGAAAUAACCCAUUUCAUUAUCUGAAAUUUUCUCAUAUCAACCCACUGCUGUUAGAGAAUGUUGUCUUCUGGCUAUAUUUGUCAUUUAAAGGUGACUGGAAAUCUGACUUCCUCUUUAAAUUAAGACCUCCUGCUAUGUUAAAGCAGGUCGCAUAUACCUUGAAUACUACUGCCACCUCACAUCUACACACUGCCAUUAGAUUUAACUAAAGAGUGUUCUCUUUGGCAGCUUGUGACUUGUUAAACUUCACGUAGCCCUGUUUAGAUGGCAUGAACUGAAUGUCAGUAACUUUUCCUUCUGGUUCAAAAAGCAUUAGCAAGUACAAAACAUUUUUCUUUAAAGCCCUUCUUGAUGUUAAGAGAAUGUCUUAGCCUGCAAAACAAAGAAAGGCAAAUGCUCAGAUAAUCCAGGCCAUAAACAUGUCAACAAAUAAUGAAUGGUGAAAGAUUAAUCUGUGUUACUUUCUUAUUCAGGAUCCAAAAUGACUACUGAAUACAAUAAAAAUCUUACAAUAUAAUUUCAGUAUAUUCAUCUGAUAAGAACUAAAGUUAUCAUCUCACUUCAAAGCUAGGCAAACUGUAUCCAUUAGUAUGCCUGUACAAGAUAUGUUUCAGCAUUCAGUUGACUUAAACCUAAUCGUUUAACAUGAAAGAAAAUGUCAGUGACACAAACAAUGGUCAGACUGGGAAAAGAAAUACAAACAUUUAACUGCAGUUGCGCAGCUCCACAUGAAGUUGGUUGCUAAUAGUAUUCUUUACUAUAUCAAGAAGAAUGAUCUUUUAAACACUGAAUUGUUUGUGUUUUGUUUUAGAAAAGCGGGCAAUAUAAGUAUAGCUUUAUAAUGCUUAAGGUGCCUUUUCUAUUUUUAUAUUUCAUAUCACUACUUUUAGUCUUUAGUGCAAACAUUUUGAAGUGCUGUAAUAACUUACCAUAAUUCUGUAAAUAAAAUUUUUGGGACUAUUUUAGGAGUGGUAUAUUUAAAGAGAUGUCUGAAAUGUCCAAAGUUUGUUGAAUCGUACAUAUUUGCUUUAAUGUUUAAUAUAAUGUUAAUAAUGUUUAAAUAAGAAUAGUUUUUACAUUGUUAUACAAUUUGAAGCCUUGUAUUACUUUUUUGGAAAAUGUAUUUUGUUGUUUGACAAAAAUAAUAUAUGAAGAGUGAAGUAUCUUUUGUGGAAACUAUUUUUGAUUCUGAUAAUAGUAUAAAUGUAUGUUUUGCUGUUCACGAUAUAGCUCUUAUACUUGUAUCAUUUGCUUUGUGUGUUUGUAAAGUUGGUGGAAAUUUUAGUGAAGAUAUUGUUAUUAGACCAAAAUAAGUUUUGAAAUAAAAUGACCAUGGAAC